GAUCUUUGACAAUUAGUAGCAAAUGCACCCCUUAAUCCUAGAACAGCAAGAAUAGUACAUGUCCUUUCUGUACUUUGAUAUUUCACAAGAAUAUUGAGGUAAAGAUUAGUGUCAACAGAAAAAUGUACAUGAAAAAUCUUAGCAGAAAAUGAUGAAAUCCUAGCAACGAGAAGAUUACCAUUAAAAAAGGUGAGACAUGAAUACUACAUGCUACCCGUACACACACUUAUGAAACUAGUCUAAAUGCUACUAAUUGACCCAUCAUUUUAUUUGUGACACCAUUAAUGAUUGACCAUAUUUUAUAUUCACAUGAUCAGAAUCUCAACCUUGCAAGAGCCAUUUUUUAAUCCAUGCUGCAGCUCCAUAGCUCUAUCAUAUUGAGACAAACCAAUGGACAUUAUUGAAGUGAAUCAUAUAAUAUUUGCAAUCAAAGAGGAUAAUGUGGCAGCAGAGGAGGCAAUGUUGGUGAUGACUAAUGAGGUUCUGUGAUUGCAAACACAAGGAGAACAUGACAGGUAGCACUUCUAAUGCAUUUAUAACAACACAAUAAUGUUGGUUAGAGAUGUGGCAACCUUAACAAAUUCCAAGAAAAUCCAUGCAUGCAACCCAUGCUUUCAUUGGUUGAGAUAUGUGAGCUGUGAUGCUUUAUUAUGUUGGCCAACAGGAAUCAAUCAUGAAAAAGUAGCUACCUUCUAUAUAUAGAGACAAUGAGCCAAUGGAAUUGAUAAGAGAACACACACAAACUAACAUUAGAGCUUUCUUCAAUCCCUUAGAAAGAAGAACACACAAAUAUAUACAACAAUGGAAACCAAAUUUCAUAUUCGGUCAAACAGUUUGCCAAAUGGAUCUCAUCCAAGCUACACAAAGGUUCAAGAGGAUCUCAACAAGCUCAGGACUUAUGAAGCAACAUCUGCUUCAACAUCUGAGUCAAUUAGCACUGGAUUGUCCUUGCUUCAAGACUUAUAUGUUUCCUUGGAUGAUCUUCUCAAUGCUGCUUCAACUCAAAAGGUUAUCUCCCAUCAUCAAGGUGACAAAUGGUUUGAAGAGAUCUUGGAUGGCUCAAUCAAAGUCUUGGAUAUAUGUGGAAUCACAAGGGACACAGUUAUGCAGAUCAAGGAAAAUGUACAAUCCCUUCAUUCUGCUCUCAGAAGGAGAAAGGCAGAUUCAACUAUUGGAUCAAGAGUAGCCGAAUACAAUUUGUUGACAAAGGAGAUUAAGAAGAAUGUCAAGAAGUUGAUCACAUCUUUGAAGCAGAGCCAAUUUGGAGCAUCCCCAUUGUUGAAUGAAGAUCAAGAUGUUGCUAAUGUGAUUAGUGUUUUAAGAGAAGUCAUUGAAAUGAACAUGUCUGUCUUCCAAUCCCUACUUUCAUUCUUGGCUGGUCCUCUUUCAAAGUCAAAGGCAGCUAAAUGGAUGAACAAAUUGAUGCAUAAGGAAGAAGUGAACUCACAAAAUUCCAAUGAGUUGCAGUGUGUUGAUGCUGCUUUAAGAACCAUUCUAAAUGAAGGUUCCAACAUGAAGAUAGCACAUGAAAGAUUGGCGGCUUUGGAGAAUGUCAUCACAAGCCUUGAGAAUGAUUUGGAGAACCUAUUUAGGCAUUUGAUCAAAACAAGAGUCUCUCUUUUGAACAUCAUGGCUCAAUAGAGCCUGUUGUUAUUCUUUAUAAAUCUUGAGAUAGGUUCCAAAUUUUGUAGACCUUAGAGGAUUAAAAUUUUUUACCUACUUAGUUUGUACAUGUAUAUGAUUCAAUUCAAUAUAUAACACAGUCAAAUACAAAGAAAUGUUUAUACUCUA